AUGCCCGUUACAACGCGUACUGCUGCUUUACGAUCGGAACCUAAGGAGGAAGAGAUGGUUCCGGUUAAAGUUCCCAGCAAGAACAAAAAGAAAUCUCGUUCACAAAAACAACAACAAACAAAAAAACAGGAAGAACCACCAUCAGCUACCUGUGUUGUAUCUGAAGUAUGUUCUAGCGUCGAACAGCAAUCGACCAGUCAAAUUGUACAUCAUUAUCACGAUGAGGACAACAAGAAAGAUGGUGAGAUGAAUACGUCGAUCGAACGUCUAUUUUCAAAUCAGGAAUUCAUGUCAUCAACAACAAAUGAAGAAAAGGAUCAUCAAACAACUUCAUCAUCAUCAACAUUACCAUCAAGAAAAACAACCACUAAAAUUGAAGAAACUGAUUUUCCCAUUGUAUCGAUUCCACCACCAGAUAAUGAAGAUGAUGAUAUUAUUAAUCAAGAUGAUUCCAAUGCUGCCACUGCCGAGCCAGUUGUUGCUGGCGAGAUUAGUUUUGGUGCAUCAACAACAGGUGGCAAAAUGGUCUUUUUGAAUAUGUAUGGUUAUAUUUACAUGAAUGAAACAAAAGAUUACUUUGGUUGGCGUUGUGUUAAACGAAAUGAAAACUGUAAAGCUGUAAUAUACACAUUCAAGAGUACUGGACAGUUUAGUCAUUGGAAUGGAAAGUUUCAUUGUCAUGUAAUUGAUUUGCGUGACACACGAAAACGUGAAAUAAUAUCGAAGAUUAAGAAUCGUGUACUCGAUGAAUUUAUUCCAAUCAAAGUGAUCAUUGAAGAAGAAUAUAGAAAGGCAAAGCAUCAUGAAAAAUCAGUAUUGCCCGAAUUUUGGGCCACUGAAAAAGCAGCCCUGUGA